GCUGGUGCAGGGUGCGGGCCGCCGCCUAGCCCCCGCAGCAGCAGCAGCGCCCCCGCCCCGGCCGUCGUGGGACUGAGCGUUCAUCCAUAUAAAACUUACUUCACAAUAGCUGAAAAAGGAAGUUUUCCAAAUAUUAUCAUCUAUGAAUACCCUUCUCUAAGGCCUUACAGAAUCCUUCGAGAUGGGACUGAGAAGGGAUAUGCUUAUGUGGACUUUAACUACAGUGGUACCUUGCUGGCCUCUGUUGGUAGCAACCCUGAUUACACACUGACUAUCUGGAAUUGGAAAGAAGAGCAACCCAUGUUGAGGACAAAAGCUUUUUCUCAGGAAGUUUUUAAGAUUACUUUCAAUCCUGAUGAUGAAGAGCAGCUUACUACAGCAGGAUCAGGCCACAUCAAGUUCUGGGAAAUGGCUCUUACAUUUACAGGUCUCAAGCUGCAGGGAUCACUAGGUCGAUUUGGCAAAACAGCUACUAGUGAUAUAGAAGGCUACAUGGAGCUUCCGGAUGGGAAGGUACUCUCAGGGUCAGAAUGGGGCAACAUGCUGCUUUGGGAAGGUGGGCUCAUCAAAGUGGAGCUCUGUCGAACUGUAAGCAAGUCAUGUCAUCACGGUCCCAUUAACCAGAUAAUGCUGGAUGAGGGUGAAGUUAUUACUGUUGGGUCAGAUGGAUAUGUUAGGAUAUGGGAUUUUGAGACAAUAGACACUGCUGAUAUUAUUGAUGAGAGUGGAUUAUUAGAGAUUGAACCUAUUAAUGAACUUCAAGUAGACAAGAAUGUCAAACUCUUCUCUAUGAUUAAAAUGAAUGAAACUGGGAAUAACUUUUGGUUGGCUCAGGAUGCCAAUGGAGCAAUAUGGAAGCUUGACCUUAGUUUUUCAAAUAUUACCCAGGAUCCAGAAUGCCUCUUCUCCUUCCACUCUGGAGCUAUUGAAGCCUUGGCUGUUUCUCCCGUCACUUAUCUCAUGGCCACGGCUGCUUCAGAUUGCUCUAUUCGAAUCUAUGAUUUUGCUAGCAAAACUCCUUUGGUUCAGAUGAAAUUCAAACAGGGAGGUACUGCCCUUGCUUGGGUACCUCGACUGGUAAGCUAUACUGGAGCACAAAUUGUUGCAGGAUUUGAAGAUGGAGUUGUUCGAAUACUUGAACUUUAUGAUCCAAAAGGGCUCACAGUUUUUGCAGGACGAAAGAAAAUUUUGAAUGCGGAUAUUCACCUGAAACAGGUUUUCAAACCUCAUAAUGCUUGUGUCACUGCUAUAGCCUAUGAACGUGAUGCGGAAAUUCUAGCCACAGGGAGUAAAGACCACACUGUCUUCUUCUUUGAAGUGGAAAAGAAUUAUAAGCCAAUUGGUUAUAUUAAUACCCCUGGACCUGUUUGCCAGUUAAUGUGGUCUCCAGUCUCUCAUCCUGAAAGUACUUUACUAAUUAUCUGUGAAAACGGCUAUGUUCUCGAAGCUCCACUUCCAACCAUAAGGGAAGAAGAGGAUGACCAUGUGGUCUCCUAUGAAAUCAAAGACAUGUGCAUAAACUGUUUCCAUUUCUCAAGCGUCAAAUCUAAGAUUCUGAGAUCAAUAGAAAUUGAAAAGAGAGAGAAACAAAAGAAGUUGGAGGAGAUGGCAAAGGAAGAAAGGAGGAAGAAGCUAGCAGCAGAGAUGGGAAAAGAUGGGGAAAAAGAAUUCCAGGAGGAGGAGGAGGAGGAGGAGGAAGAGGAAGAGGAGCCAUUACCUGAAAUCUUUAUUCCAUUAACCCCUUCUCCCAUCCUCUGUGGAUUUUACUCCAGGCCAGGGAAGUUCUGGAUUUCUUUGGGUGGCUAUGAUUCUGGUUUUCUGUAUCACUGUGAAUUCCCUCCUUAUGAUGAAAGCAGUGAUUUCAAGGAACAGAAAGAUGAACCUUUUGAUUUCCGCUUUCUUGUGGAUACAGAGGAUAAUCCUAUUCAAACUAUCACUUUCAACAUUAACCAAAUUAUGAUGUUUUGUGGAAUGAAAAAUGGAGCAAUUCGAGUCUAUAUUCUAAGUCAGAAUGAUCCUUCCCUGACCAGUUUAGUGAACUACUGGCACUUCAGUAUGCAUGACAAUAAUUAUGGAUGUAUUAAAAGCCUUGCUACUAGCUUUGAUGACCGUUUCUUGGUGACUGUUGGAGCAGAUAGUAAUAUCUUUGUUUUCAGCAUUUUUUCUGAACUUAUGUUAAGAACAGACAUCAAGGCCAAAGUGCCAUCUCCCAGGAUUGGAAUUGAAACAGAGGCCAUUCCUGAAGAUAUUGACGAUCCCAAAGCCUACAGUAUUGAAAAUGCUCGGAGAAAAAGAGAACAUGAUAAGUUAAUGAAAGAAGUGGAAGAAAUAAAGACGAUGAAGAGAGAGCAGCUUAAAGCUCUGAGGGAUGAGUUUUGCAAACUAUUAGAAAUGAAUGAGAAAUUACCAAAGCAUAUGCAGUUUAAACGGACAGAUUUUGAUGUAGAUUCCAAAAUUCGUGCUGAGAUUGACAAAAAAACAGCUUUCAAAAUUCUACAAGUGGAAAAGGAAUUAGCUUGGGAAAAAGAGAAAUGUGAACUUCACCUAAUGAAGCUACAGAAUAGAUUUCGUGAUCCAUUGGAAAGCGAUACUAUUGUGGUUCGUGCCAUACAAAGUGACCACAAGAUAACCUCUUAUAGGCUGGUGCGGCCCUCUAGGUAUUCCAGACUCCAACGAACAAGUCAAUCAGAAAGAAGAAUGAGCAAAUUUGAGAGGUUUGAAAAAGAAGGAGCUGGAAGAAGGGAGAGCCAGAGAGAUAUAGGUAGGAGUAUUAGCAUACAAGAAGACUCUGUAAUAGAAAAAGGGAAGAAAUUUCGACCUAAAACCCUAAGUGAAAUUAUGGUGGAAAAUCAAAUCGAGAAAACAAAGCAACUUAUUUUAAAAGCUGAAAGGGCCCAACUUAAGAUUCAACAGCGAAAAAAGGAAUGGGAGGAACUAUACAAGAGCAAACCUGAUGAUGACUAUGAAGAUCCCAAAGAUCUUCAAGCCAUCAAAGAAGCCCAGGUGUGUAUGGGAGAUUUCAAUCUGAAGACAGCCCCAGACUACAAGAUACCUGAGCACAUGAGAAUAAAUGCUGCUAAGAAAGAAGAGGAACUAGGAUACCUGGAUUCUUUGGUCCAUGGAAAGAAAAAUCAUAUGAACAAGUGCAUCCUCUCUCUUCGAGACCUUAAAGUGGCUGUUAUUGAGGAAAUACAGUGCCUGGUACAAGAACUGAAGAACAUUCAGUCGACUCUUCACAUAUCCAAACACAUUCCCAUUCCCCAGAUCCCUCACAUACACCCGGAAGAAGUUCCAGAAAGGAGAUUUCAGUUUGAUGAGGAAACACUCCAAAAUUUUAAGCAACAGCUGAUGAAAAGUGAAAAAGAAAACCCCUCCCAAAUGGAACACAUAGGGUCUGGAGCCUCAAGUAUAGGAUUCCUCAGACUCGCUCUUAAAAAGGACGGGGAUUUGAUGAUGCUCGAUUCAUUAUCUAGAUCAUCAAAGGCAUCUACAUUCAGCCUAGAUCUUCCAAAGUUUGUGGAAUUUGAAAAAGCAGAGCCAACUGAUGUGGAGCUGGAGAUUAUGAAGAGGGAUGAGAUUAAACACCUGUACAUGCAACAGUAUUUGGCCAACAGGAUCAGUGAACUGAUUGUCACUUUUGAUGCAGAACUCCAUCUCCUGAGACAUGAGAAAUUGAAACUAGAUACUCAGAUGAAAUUAUCUGACCUGCAUCAUGUCACGUUAUUUCAAGAAAUACUUCUCCUCAAGAAUUUUGAAAAACAGGAGAAUAUCCUUCAAGAGCGUGUUAAUUCCCUUGACAAAGAGGAGCAGGACAUGCAAUGGAAAAUAAAUGAAGCUCUUAAAGAGAUGGAAGAGAAAAAGAUUGAAAUCUCCAAGCUCCAGGAACAAGAAAAGGCACUCUAUGCUGGUUUUCAAGCAGCCAUUGGAGAAAACAAUAAAUUUGCUAACUUCCUCGUGAAGGUCCUAAAGAAGAAAAUUAAGAGGGUAAAGAAAAAGGAAGUUGAAGGAGAUGCUGAUGAAGAUGAGGAAAGUGAGGAAUCAAGUGAGGAAGAAUCCAGCUUGGAGAGUGAUGAGGAUGAGUCUGGAUCUGAAGAUGAGGUUUUUGAUGAUUCCAUCUGCCCAACAAAUUGUGAUACAGCUCUUUUUGAACUGGCCCUUCAACUCCGAGAGAAAAGGUUGGACAUUGAGGAAGCCUUAGUUGAAGAAAAGAAGAUUGUGGAUAACCUCAAAAAGGAAUAUGAUACAUUGUCCAAAAAAGUGAAAAUUGUGGCAACCAAUCUGAAUGUAGCCGAGGAAGCCCUGGAGGCCUAUCAGCGAGAGAAGCAGCAGCAGCUGAAUGAACUUCUGGUUGUGAUUCCACUCAAGCUUCACCAGAUAGAGUAUGUGGUAUUUGGAGAAAUACCCAGUGAUCUUUCUGGCACUUUGGUCUUCUCUAACCACUCCUUGGGACGGCUGCAAGAACGAAUCGUACAGCUCCACGAGGAAAACUCCAAGCAGCAGAAACUUAACAAAGAGUGGAGGGAAAGACGCAAACAGCUCAUUCGGGAAAAGAGAGAGAUGGCAAAAACUAUACAAAAAAUGGAAGAAACAGUCCAUCAACUAAUGAUCAGCAAAUUUGGCCGCGUGAUAGACCUCGAAGCCCUUCAGACCCUUUCUGUUAAUACAACCCUUGAAGAACUGAAGAUCAGAAAACUUCGGAAGGAGCUAGCAAAUGCAAAGGAAAUGAAGAUGUGGGAGGACAAGAUUGCUCAAGUGCGAUGGGAACUGAUGAUGAAGACAAAAGAACACACCAAAAAGCUUCAUCAGAUGAAUGACUUAUGUAUUGAAAGGAAGAAACUUGAUUCUCAGCUGAAUACACUACAGAACCAGCAGGGCAACGCCUUCCAGAGCCUUCAGAAAGCAGAUAUUGUGGCAAAAAAGAGGGUUACUGAAUUGAUCCAAGUCCAGGCGGAAAGGAUUUUGGCUUUAAAGGAGGAGAUUGCUCUUCUGCGGAAGAAAGGUGGUCUUAUCCUUCCACCCAUCAAGUCUCCGCAAGAGAGUGAGAUGAAGCCCAUGGACUUUUGAGGUUUGCUGUGUUCUCAGGCCCAUCCAAAGUUUCCGAUGUAGUUCACCAGAAGUUGCUUUAAAGUGAACUUGUCUGAAAGACUAAAACCAGAUCCAGUCAUGUAGUUUUAACAAUUUGUCUCCAGUUGGGCUUAGAACUGACUGCAGCAUGCGGCCUCUAUUAUUGAACUGAAUCAUUUCAGAUGUUUGGAACCUACUGGAUUGACUAUGAAGUCUCAGAAGGCCAUAUCUCACAAUCGCAAGAAAUCAUCUCUAAUAUACUUUGCUUUAGGAAAAUUUGAUUUUUGAGUAUUCUGAAUUUUUAGCCAUUGACAAGAAAAACUAUCAUUUAGCAAUCCAUGAAAAAGCUCCUUCCCUGAUCCCUGGGUCCUCAGAACAUAAACAUAGAUGUCAUUAAGUAUUCCCUGAGAGAAUACACAAAGAAAAAGAUUAACUUUUGCAGACGAUCUCAGAGUACAAAAUGCAAAUUUGGAUUUUGGCAUUGUUGACUUUGUAAAGCAGUGGUUUGAAGGCCCAGGAUUCAGGAAGUGCAGACAAACCUGGCAGAGUGGUUUGCUCCAAAUUGCUUUGAGUUGGCAGAAAGCAGGAAAACAAGCAGCUUCCUGAGUCACCCGAGGUGUUUGCAGACUCCUCGGCUCCAAGUGGAGCCGAGGAGUAUGCUUGGCAAAAUGGUCAGUAAGGACCAUUUGCAAAUCCAUCAGAAUUCUAAGUAUUUCCCACAGUUUCUCAUGUCCCAUGCCAUUUUCUUUUAGGUUUUACUUGUUGAUUGGCUGGUUUUGAUACAGAUCAGGAGGUGAUGAAAUAAAUUUACAUCUCUCUGAGCCAUCACCUCUCACAGUCACUUUUGAUUACGUUGAACGUUCUAAACUACUUUGAAAGUAUCCUUUUGGUUUGGGGGUUAGUGCUCAUUGAAAUUCAUGGCUGCAGCUGUUGGAGAAUGAUCUCCCUGACACUUGGCGCCCUGCUGGUAUUGGCACACAGCACUUCCGAUUCCCAGCCCUGCGGGUCUGUAUUAAUGAACUCUGGAUUGAGGCUGUCCAGGGUGAGCUGGUCACAGCUCAUGAGAAGGUGGGGUGCAGAUGGCAAUAUUGCAUGGAUGUGGAAAGCGACUCAGCAAGUCUUCCUAACUGUGGUUAGCCUGCAAACAUGCCCUGGAAAAUUAUAGGCAGGACCUGGUUCCUUUGUGCGUUAAAAUAUUCUUAGAGAUGGCCACUUAGCCUCUCUAAAAUUGUAAGAGAUUGCUGUUUUUCUAAGAUUCUUUUCUUCCUAUUUAAGAGAUAGAAUCAUUUUUUUGUUUGUGCCUGUUACAUUAAUUUCUGAUGUAGUCACUUCUCUACUGGAGAGCACCCUAAGAUCACUUUCUCUGCCGCAUAUUCUGAACUGUGUGUGCCUUUCAAGCAUUUUUUUAAAACGUACUCAUCUUA